AUGCUACUGAUCGGUACAGAUUCUCCAGCUGCACAUAUUCCACUCGAAGUGCGUUCAGGAAACAUUGAUCAACCGUACGCCGUGCGAUCACGGUUAGGAUGGGCAGUACGUGGUCCAGUUCAAGACACUUGUGCACCUAAUACCGUUAAUGUCCACUUUAAACAAUCCAGAGACGUGUUACUGCAACAGCAACUGGAAAGAAUGUGGAAUACAGAAUUUAAUGAUAGAUCAUUGAAUGAAAAGUACUCUAUGUCUGUUGAAGACAAACAUGCUCUGCAGAUUAUGGAAUCAUCUCUUACCCAUGAAGAUGGUCACUACAAAAUUGGAUUACCAUGGAGGAAGGAGAAUGCAUCCUUGCCGAACAACAUAGCUCUUGCCCAAGUACGCCUACAGCAACUGAAACGUAAACUGUCACGUGACCCGGAAUUACAUAAAAUGUAUACAACAUCCCUGAAUGAUUAUGUUGAGAAAGGAUACGCAGAAGAGGUGAAAGAUGGCCUUGAAAAUAUUUCUAGACGUACAUGGUACUUACCACACCAUCCAGUAACAAAUGUGAACAAGCCAGGCAAAGUACGUGUAGUUUUCGAUUGUGCUGCUAAGUACCACGGCAUUUCACUGAACAGCCAAUUACUGCAAGGACCGGACUUAAUGAACAGUUUAGUAGGAGUUCUCAUACGAUUUAGGAAAGAGAAGGUAGCUCUAGCCGCAGAUAUCGAAGCAAUGUUUCACCAGGUGCGUGUUACGGAAGAAGACUGUGAUGCUUUAAGAUUUCUAUGGUGGCCUGGUGGUGACAUCACACACCAGCCAAAGUGCUAUCGUAUGAAGGUACAUUUGUUUGGAGCUACAUCAUCACCCAGUUGUGCAGCAUAUGCCUUAAAGCGUACUGCAACCGACAAUGCCCGUUUAUUUGGAAAAGAAGUGGUUUCUACAGUAGAACGAGAUUUUUAUGUCGAUGAUUGUCUGAAGUCUGUAGAAACGGAUGAUAAAGCUAUCAAGCUGGCUACAGAUCUGCAAACACUAAUGAAGAUAGGCGGAUUCCGACUUACGAAGUGGUUAAGUAACAGUAGGGCUGUACUGAACGCUAUUCCAGAAUCUGAACUCGCACCAUCUGUCGUCAAUCUGAGCCUAGACGAAACUUUACCAUGUAAUCGGGCACUUGGUGUGCAAUGGAAUGUUAACGACGACAGAAUCCAGAUUAAAGUCAAGCUGUCUGAUAAGCCACUCACGAGACGCGGCAUUCUGUCAGUUGUAAGUUCAAUAUACGACCCACUGGGACUCGUCUCGCCCGUAACACUUCAAGCUAAAGCUAUAAUACAGAGCCUGUGCAGACUGAAGAUCGGCUGGGAUGACCAGAUACCACAGAGCAUCAACAAUGAAUGGCAUACCUGGUUAUCAACCUUACCUUGUCUGGAGAAUGUGUCUGUAAACCGCUGUUUCCGACCAAGUGACUGUGUUAAAUCUACGGAACUGCAUAUAUUUAGUGAUGGAUCCGAAACCGCCUAUGGAGCCUGUGCUUACCUUCGAUUUGUUGAUACCUAUGACAAUGUAACAUGUUCUCUAGUCAUAGGAAAAUCUCGUUUAGCCCCGAUCAAACAGAUGUCUAUACCACGUCUUGAGUUAUCCGGAGCUGUUGUCGCUUGCCGUAUUUAUGCGAUGUUGUCCGAUGAACUAGAUAUAAAGAUUGAUCAAGUUACCUUCUGGACUGAUUCCAUGAUUGUAUUAGGAUACAUAAAGAACGUAUCAAAACGGUUCAAGACAUUCGUUGGCAAUAGACUCAGCAUUAUACAUAAUACUACCUCACCAGACCUGUGGCGCCAUAUUGACACAAAGUCGAAUCCCGCAGAUAUAGCUUCAAGAGGCAUACAUGCGAAUGACACUAAGAAUCUACAUAUUUGGCUAAAUGGACCAGAUUUUCUAAGAAAAGAUCAUACUCAGUGGCCACAGAAUCAGCUUGCACCGGAAGUAACCGACGAUGAUACAGAAGUGAAGAGAGAAGUCAAGAUAAACAUCACAAUGACUAAUAGAAGUCUAGAUGAUAUCAUUGAUCGCUACUCAAGUUGGACUAAACUUAGAAGAGCAGUCGCGUGGUUACUUAGAUACAAGGUAUUUUGCAGACAGAAAUACUUAAAUCACGAACUUGACAUGGAAAAAGGAAACUUAACAUUAGCGGAAAUCCAGAAAGCAGAACAUGAAUUAUUGAUACAUGUACAACAGGACACAUUCGCAAAUGAGAUGAACAACUUGAAACAAUUCAAGCCAGUCAGAACUGAUAGCAGCAUUGCAUCUCUAAACCCCAAAAUGUGUGACAAACUAAUCCGAGUACGAGGACGUAUACAAUCUAGAAACCUGAGUAAAUGUCCCAUUAAACUACCAAGCAAGCACACUAUAACAAAAUUAAUAAUUCGACAUAUUCAUGAGAAUAACGGUCAUGCCGGAAAACAACAGGUACUUGCAAUCUCGCGUGAGAAGUACUGGAUAGUUCAAGGACCGAGUGCUGUAAAAGGUGUAGUGAGAAGUUGCAUGGUGUGCAGACGACAACACUCCCCCCUGCUACAACAACAGAUGGCGCCUCUUCUUGAAGAGCAGACGACACCAGAUGAACCCCCUUUCACUUACGUUGGAAUAGAUUACUUUGGUCCACUGAUUGUUAAAGAAGGUCGCACACAUGUGAAAAGAUAUGGCUGUCUUUUUAUCUGUCUUUCAACUAGAGCGGUACACCUGGAGGUCUGUCAUAGUUUGACAACUAACUCCUUCGUCGCAGCAUUUCAACGCUUUACCUGUCGCAGAGGAUAUCCAAAGAAGGUGUAUAGUGACAAUGGCACGAAUCUUGUAGGUGGCGAUCGUCAACUGCGACAGUCGAUACAAGAAUGGAAUUCUUCAGCAAUAGGGAAAUAUAUGACAGAAAAGGAAAUAGAAUGGCACUUUAACCCGCCUCAGGCGAGCCAUAGAGGAGGAGCCUGGGAAAGGAUGAUUCGUUCCACACGAACAAUUUUAAAAGCGUUGGUCAGGCAACAAUUGCUCACAGAUGAACAAUUAGUUACGCUGAUGACAGAAACUGAAAGAAUCCUGAACGAUAGACCAAUAACCAAGGUUAGCGAUGAUCCUGAAGACAUGUCUGCCCUCACACCAAAUAUGCUACUACUAAUGAAGACUAACAGUAGUAUUCCAAGGGGAAUAUAUAAUAAGAAUGACACAUAUGUAAAACGAUGGUGGAAGCAGGUGCAAUAUCUCUCUAACGUUUUCUGGAGAAGAUGGAUACGAGAAUACUUACCAGCUAUACAACAGAGACAAAAAUGGCAAAGAAAAACCACAGAUUUACGUGUAGGUGAUAUUGUGCUAGUGUUUGACGAAAGUACCACAAGAGGAAAAUGGCCAUUGGGAAGAAUUGUAAAAACAAACAAAAGCCGUGAUGGACAUGUACGAAGCUGCAUUGUAAAGUAUAAAAAUACACAAACUGUGAAACCAAUUACGAAGUUGUGCCUACUUGAAAGUUCAGCUUAA